AUGAAGCCACCCAUUCCUGGUCCCCUUAAUUUGGUACACCAACCGCAAACUUGUUUCAACAAGUUUGGAAUCCCAUACCCUAAGCCGCCAGGCAUCCCCCUGGGCUUGGGCCAGAUUUUACCGCUGGUGCUCAAGGACCGCGGGGCCUCCUACACGGAGCUGGGAGUCUUUUCCCUGCAGAGCUGGCCCUUCGUGCUGAAGUUGCUGUGGGCGCCUUUGGUGGACUCUUUGUAUAUCCGCAGCAUUGGACGGAGAAAGACCUGGAUGGUACCUGCACAGCUCAUCAUCGGCUUACUGCUGCUCUUCACAGCUGCACAGCUGGACUUGCUGCUGGGAGAUGAGUCCAACACGCCGGCAGUGUAUAGCCUCACCGGCUUGUUCCUGCUCAUGAACUUUGCCUGCGCCACACAGGACAUCGCCGUGGACGGCUGGGCAUUGACCAUGCUGCGGAAAGAAAACGCCAACUACCAAGCCACCUGCAAUGCAGCCGGGCAAACCUUUGGCUAUGCAAUGGGCUUUACCGGCUUUGCCGCCCUGGAGCAUUUCCAGGUGAUGUCGCUGAGUAGCUUCAUGUCGGCCAUGGGGUUCAUGUUCAUCGGUGUGACGUUGGCGGUGGCCUUGCUCAAGAAGGAGGAUCCCCUGCCCCCUGGAGAGGAGCCGGAAGGUGUUUUGGAGGCGUACCAGCAAAUGGUGCGCAUGACCUCGUUGAAGCCAGUCCGGUACCUGUUCAUCAUCCUCUUCACUUGGAAAGUGCCCUUUGCGGUUUGCGAAUCCGUGGCGCCCGUGAAGUUCCAAGAGUACGGAAUACCCAAGGAGCACGUUGCGUACGUGACCUCCCUGCUGAUGCCCCUGUACAUCCUGCUGCCGGUCUUUGCGGCGAGGUGGACCGAGGGCCCGCAGCCGCUGCAGCUGGCCAUGACGGUGUAUCCCUCGCGCAUCGCCACAGGACCCCUCACUGCGGCUUUGGCCUUCUACACCCCGGCCCAAGUGGUGCCCAUCCCGUGGGUCUUCUACACGCUGCUGGUCUUUACCAUCGCAGCAGCUGCUGUGACCUCCGAGCUCAUGUUCGUUGCGCAGAUGGCCUUCUUCGCUCAUGUCUCCGAUCCCGCCUUCGGAGGUACAUACAUGACCCUGCUGAACACCAUCGGCAACUUGGGCGGGAGAUGGCCUCCUACCGCGGCCUUCUUCCUGGUGGAUGUCUUGAGCUGCAAGCACGAGAGCUGCCUGGUGCAAAGCGAUGGCUUCUACACGGUCACCGCGCUGUGUGCGGUUUUGGGUGUGGUGUGGCUUGUGGCCACAAGGGCCAUGGUGAAGCAGCUUCAGUCUUGGAAGCCUCAAGACUGGCGAGUGAAUCAUCAGAGAUCCGACUGA